AUCAAAACGAGUGUUUCUUAAAUGCCGUCCUAUCUUUUGCCUCUUUUUCGAAUGACGUUUUAUAUCCCAUAAUUUCCAGCAAAAUGGCGGAGGUCGGUGCUAGUGAGUCAAGCAGUCCAGAGACAGAUAGAGACUUUGAUCCAACUGCAGACAUGCUAGUUCAUGAUUAUGAUGAUGAACAAACUUUGGAAGAAGAGGAAAACAUGAGUGGUGAUAGUUGUUGCAAUGAAUUGGAAGAUUUGGAGAAGGAAGGAGAUAUGCCACUGUCAGAUUUAAUGAGUAUGUAUGGAUAUCAUUCAGCACAUGACAACAAUGAACAACAAGACACCAGGUCAAGUAGUGAAGAAGAGAUUCUCAGCAAUCAAGAUCUUACCUUAGAUAAAGAUGAGAUUGCCAGAGACCUCCUGAAAACUAGUGAUGACGAUGAUGACAAAGAAACUGAUGUUCAUGAUUUAAUCAACAGUGUUUCACAGACAGCUAGAUUACUUAGAUCAGCCAGCCAACCUGGAAGUGAUGAUGAGGAUGAUGAAUCAGAUGAAGAAGACUAUGAACCAACUGAAAUUCCUGAGGAUGAUUGGAAAAAGACUAUACAAGUUGGACAUGACUUUCAAGCUUCUGUACCAGAAGGCCUUUGUAAAUAUGGUGAUGCUCCAGCGUAUGAAAAUGAAGACAGGCUGCUAUGGGAUCCAGAUAAAUUAGAAGAUUCUGUAGUUGAAAAUUAUUUGAAUGAAAUCCACAGCCAAGCCUUACAAGCUGCAACAGGUGUCAAUGCAAUCCCUACAGGUGCUCAUAUUCGUGAUGAUGAACAGGCCUUAUAUAUGCUGCUGCAAUGUGGACAUAAUGUUGAGGAAGCUUUAAGGAGAAGGAAGAUGCAGGCUAUACCUCCAACAGAUACCAUGAGUUUGUGGUCUGAAGAGGAAUGUAGGAAUUUUGAGAAUGGUAUCAGAGUAUAUGGCAAAGAUUUCUAUUUAAUACAACAGAAUAGGGUGAAAACAAGGUCUGUUGGAGAACUUGUCCAAUUUUAUUAUCUGUGGAAGAAAACAGAGAGACAUGAUGUUUUUGCAAAUAAAAAUAGACUGGAAAAGAGAAAAUAUGUCCUUCAUCCAGGAAUUACAGAUUACAUGGACAGAUUUGAUGACCAGGAGAGUCCUGCUCCACCUCAGAAUAGAGAAAGAUCUGCUAGUCCUGUUACUUGUUUACUCUAUGGUGACCCGAAACGCAAUUCAUUGAAACCAUCACACGAGACUGACAAUGCAAAUAGUGAAUCUAAAGCAUUUGAUCUCAGUGCAGCUUCACCUACAGUGACAAGUCUAAGUCCUGAUCUAAAACGGAGAAGUUCUUCACCCAAAAGUGUAAACAAUAGCAGUAUUAAUGGUUUACAUGAUGAUGUGUCAAUUGAACCUACUGUUAACAAAAAAUUAAAAACUGAAAGUGAUGUUACUCAUUAUGGACUUGAAGAAAGUUACUCGGAUACGAGUCAACCGGAAGAUAAAAACACUUUUGAUUUAGGACAUCAUUUAGCAGAGAGUAUAAAAACUUCAACACCAUUAACUUGUACAGUGUCAGAAUCAUUAGUAUCAUAAUAUCAUGUGAAAAUUAUCAUACAUAUUUAAAAUGCCUUGUUUCAGGUCAAUCAUAUUUAUAUUCUGUAUGCAAGUAGCAUUUGGAAUACUUAAAUCUGAUAGAUAUGUUUUCACCAGUUUUAGAAUUAAAACGCUAGGAAAGAAUAUUCACACAAAAAGUCAGAUGGGUUAAAUGCUGAAGUUAUCAAAGUUCUAAAUCACUUCGUACAUUAUUUUUUACAUUUAAUUUACUGUCAGACAAAACAUAGUUUGACACUCAUUUGUUGUCAUGGUAGAUAUUUUAAUAAAAUCCCCAGACAUAUUUUCAAUUAAAUGAACCUAUUGAAAUUAUAUACCAAGAGUUCCAUAGAUGGAAUAAUUGAAUGUUCAUCGAAAUGUAUAGUAGGUAAAAUAAUGUUUAUACUGCCAUGAUUUUGAUAUUUUUUAAUUGAAAACUAAUCUUGUGUCAGAAUGUCAAAACAUCCAAAGGUUAUCAGUAUUUUGAAAUUUAAAAUGUAUGCAAAAAAAACUUAGCACUGUAAAUUAUAGAUAGAUAUUUCGGCCAGUAUUUUAGUUGUCUUUUCAUGUAGAUCUUGAGUAUAAGGAUAUUGUGAAAAAAUUGUAUAUUUGGAAAGUGCAAUACCCUAUCCUAAACCAGCCAUAAAUGACCAUUCCUUUUAGUUAAUUUAAUUGAUUAUUUAAUUUUAUCCUGCAUUGAGAAAUACUUCUAUUCCCAUGCUGACAAAAAAAGAUAAGACUCAGUUUCUGUCUGUCUGUACAGUUGAAAGUUGAGUGCAAUUAUUUAUAAUUUGCAAUAAAAUAUCAAGAAAGUCACUGUUACAGUAAUAUUCAUAAUUUGAGUUAUCUUACUUGCUCCAUAAUAUAUACAAGAUAUACAUUGUAUCCUCAAUUCACAUUAUUGUCUUUUCAUGAUUAAUGUAAUGAUUUCUACAAUUUUUAAUUCCCACUGCAAAAUGAAUGCCAUCUUUACUUGUCAGUGGUCACAAGCACUUGUAUUAUUUAUGUGAAUUAAAAUUGAUUCAGGUUCAAUAAAACAUGUUCUCACAGAUUCCCCCCCCCC